GUUGAAGAGAGAGAGAGAGAGAGUGUAGAAAAAUUGGUUGUGUUUUUGUUGUAAGGUGAUACUAAAAGAAUGGUCUAGGAGGACAUUUGGCAAAAGGCUGCUAAAAGAAUCUGCUUCCCAAACAUGGCACUAGUAGCCUAAGCCACUUCGAUGAACUUAACGUUAAUUCAUUACCUAUUACCUAACUCAAUUGCUGUGCCUUUUCAUUUCCUCCUCCUCCUCAUCCCAUAAGCUAGAUAGAUUCACCAAAACCCACUUUCUUUCUUUCUUUCCUUCCCGCCGGCGCCGUGUUAAUUCAUUGCCUUUGCAUGGGACGAGGACGCGGAAAAUCAAACCUAAAGGAAUCAUGCUCGAAUAUCUAUCUACUUUCUCUCUUCUUCUCUCUUGCCCUCGUCGCCGCCAUUGUCGCCGCCGCCGCCCCUGCUCUUCUUCUUCUUAAUCUCGCACCACCAGAAAAUUAUAAAAUUAUCAAGCCGCCUGCGGUUAAAUCUCUUUUUUACUACCAGGAAGUUGAGGAAAGGAAAUUGUUAGGGUUUUCGGGUAUGAGCCGGAGGAGGUUUCUUAGUGGUCCGGGGUCGUGGCCUCCAAGAUGUUGGUCCAAGUGCGGACAAUGCACGCCGUGCAAGCCCGUGCAUGUACCUGUGCCGCCAGGGACACCGGUCACGGCGGAGUACUACCCUGAGGCCUGGCGGUGCAAAUGUGGCAACAAAUACUACAUGCCUUGAUUAAUUCUUAAUGUUAUAUCUUAUCAUGGCUAAUAUAUUAUAUAAUAUAUGAUUCUAUAUAUAUAAUUGGACUCCAUGAUCUGCCUAUAUAUACAAUAGUACUACUCAUCAUCUUAACUAAACCUUCAUGACCGUUUUUAUAUUCCUUUAUUUGGUUCUUCAAAGUGUUGAUUUCUUUAGGUUUUAUCA